CAUCUGCAAACAAACUGGAGUUUCUUUUGAAACAUAAAGUACAAAACUUGACACACACAAAAAAAAGCAUUUGGUUUCUUUUCAAUUUUUUUUUUCCAAUAAUUUUUUUUUAUCUUUGAUGGGUUUGACAAUGGCAAAGACAUCAUCACUACAAGGAUGCCCCACAUUUUUUAUUUUGGGUAUAAUCCUGCACAUGGCAAGCAGCCAACAAGCUCCAGAGUGCUCUUCGAGUGGACACCAGAUUCUGCAGAAUCCAUACCGAAGUCUAGACUUUGAUUCCAUGAAACUUCAGCAAUCUGCCAUUCACGAUUUGAUUUGUGACCACUCCUUGGCUCCAGGAUGGUACCGCUUUAUGAUAUUUGAUAAACCAGCUGAGAUGCCUACCAAGUGCGUGGAGAUGAAUCACUGUGGAACACAAGCUCCAGUUUGGUUGUCCUUAAGAGAUUCGGAAUCUCUUCCUCCACCUGGGGAGAUAAGACAUCUCACAGCUUGUGCCACAUGGCAAUUUUUCUUCAGCAGUACAAAGGAUUGUUGCCUGUUUCGCAUUCCUGUCACAGUCCGAAAUUGUGGAGAUUUCUUUGUUUAUCUAUUGCAACCUACCCAAGGAUGCAUGGGUUAUUGUGCAGAAGUUGUUUCCAGUACCACUGCUCGGUCAAAAUGUGGUCCAGAGGAAACUGAUAUUAAUGGAGUGUGCAUAAAUAAAUUAAACACAGAUACGUUAUUACCAGAGCCACCAGGAAACCUGGAAAUUGUGUCUGAGAUGGAUGGAACCAGUGUUAACCUGAAGUGUUCCUUUGAUGCUCCUGCUACAAACCUCUCAUUGGGAUAUGUAAUUAAAUGGUCUAGAUUUUCAUCUAAAGGAGACAAGCUGGAACUGAGACAGGAAGCAUUAGUUCAGACAUAUUCUUUGAUAGAAUUAGAUGGAAUUAAUGUGAGACUGGGAGACCGGAUAUUCUGUCAAGUUUCCAGCUUUUUCCUCGAGCAACCAGAUGUUCACAGCCGUACAUUAGAAAGCAAGGAAUUUUUCGCUGGCAUUAAGCUCAAUCCUGAAGCUCUCACCAUAUUAGAAGAUGGAAGAGGCUACCGUUUGACAGUAGAGAGCACAGUGCCAGUCUCCUGCACAGAUGCCAGUGAACUGCAGAAUGACUGUAAAAUCACACUGAAGUUCCACGCUAUCAGUGAUGCUGAAGAAAAACAUGACUCAGAUUUGGCAUUCUCCUCUUGUCAAGUGGAUCUUCGGCAUUCCCCCUGCCAAAAUGGAAAAUGCAGCCAAGCUGUGCUUUACUACACUGCUGUCAUGGAUUUCGAAGCUGAUGGAGAUAAAUUUACCAGCAUUUCGGUCGAUCCAAUAGUUAGCACAAACUUUCUAUGGAAUGGUUACUCUCCACAAUCUGUACAGAUUACAGUGAAGGAUAUCCCUGCUGCCUACUGCUAUUCCUUUACUGAUCCUCAUCUAAUCACAUUUGAUGGAAGAGUCUAUGACAAUUUCAACACGGGGACCUUUGUCCUGUACAAGAGUAUGUCUCGUGAUUUUGAGGUACAUGUCCGGCAGUGGGACUGUGGAAGCAUACACCAACCUGCCUCUUGUAACUGUGGCUUUGUUGCCAAAGAAGGAGAUGACAUCAUUACAUUUGAUAUGUGUAGUGGACAACUCCACGAAUCCCAACCUCAUCUGUCAGUAAAAACCCAGGAUUCAACAACCACCAAUUUUAGAAUCAUUGAACAUUAUCUGGGGAGAAAGAUCACUAUCGCAUUCUUAUCUGGGGCUUUUAUCCGGGCUGAUGUGAGUGACUGGGGCAUGAGCCUAACUCUCCGAGCACCUAGCUCAGACUUUAAGAACACAUUAGGACUUUGUGGCACAUUUGACGGAAACUCAGACAAUGAUUUUCACAACAGUAAAGGAGUUCCACUCGACGAUACAUCACAGAACCGGCUCCAUUUUAUCAACGAGUGGAAGAUUUCUGCUGGAGAAAGUUUUUUUGAUAAAACACCAUCUUCACUACAGUUACCAAAAACCAUAAAAUAUUGUAAAUGCACACACACGAAUGAGUUAUAUCAGUCCCCUGAUACACUUGAUUCCACUUUGCAGAGGGACACAACACAUUGUAAAGACAACAAUGAAGUCCUGUUCCCAACACUGAUACCAGGACUGGAUGUUACUAUGGAGUACAUAAGUCCACCAGAUGCAACACGAAGCCUUAGCAAACGUUCUAUUGCAGAUCAUCCUCAAAAGACAGGCAUGUUUACUACUAAGGAUAAUGCUACAAGCCAAAUAUACAACUCAAAGAAAAAUUCCAUAUCUCGGAGGAAAAUACCUCAAUCAAUAAACAUGAGGAACAGCCCUAUUCCUAGAGAAAAAGUUGUAAGAAACAGAAUGAAACGUCAGAAUUAUUAUGAAUAUCUUUCAACAUUUCCUUACCAAAGUCUUAGCCAAACUGACUUGGAAGGGUUUAGCUACUUCUUCCCUGAAGAUCACUCUACAGAUAUAACAAGGGAGUUUCUGCCUUCUUGGCCCACCCCAUCUGGCUUGACCCAGUCAUAUGUUUCAGGAUUUUGUGGGCAGUCUAUUUUUAACUCAAGCAUUGGCAAGUUGUGUAUUGAUUUUCUUGAAACACGCCUGAAGGAUGUAGUUGACAUGUGUGUUACAGAUAUACUGUUAAAGGAUGACUUGAGUUGGGCAGAAGGUGGUGUGGCACUACUGGAAAAUGAAUGUGAAAGAAAACUUUUGGAAUUAGGAUACAAUGAUCCCAAAAAUUUGAAAGGUCCAGUAGAUCAUAUCCUUCUGGCCUUAAAAUGUCCAAAUCACUGUAGUGGCAAUGGAGAGUGUAUGGAUUGGGGUUGUGCUUGCUUUCAAGGUUUCAGUUCCUACGACUGCAGCAUUUUGACAGACCAGGUGCCUGCGAUAUCAGAACUUGAAAAUGAUGGACUAUGUGAUAUUCGGACAUAUGAUUGUACAUCUGUGAGAGUGUAUGGCCUUGGUUUUAAGGAAGCACUUAACCUUAAGUGUGAAUUCACAAAACAGCAGUACAGUGGUGGCAAAUGGAUCCUUGCUGACCCAGUUGUGACGGAUGCCUCAUUCAGGAAUACUAGGUCUGUUGAUUGUCAGGUGCCAGUCGAUGCCCAUCAGGCUGAUGGCAUUGGUCUAGUGGAUGACAAACCAAUUGCAAAGUGGCAAGUUAAGGUGUCUAAUGAUGGCUACAUCUUUAGUAAUUUUAAAACCAUAACGGUGUAUGAUGGAGCAUGCCAGACCUGCGAUCCGCUGUCAGAUGGACUAUGCACAGUAAAGGAGAAAACAUGCAACAUUGAUGGGUUCUGCCAUGGUGAGAGUGAUCCCAAUCCCACAAGCCCAUGCUUAAUCUGCAAACCUGACAUCUCAAAGCUGACAUGGUCAAUAGCAGAAAACAACCAGGCUCCGGUGAUUCAUUCCUUGCCCAACAGAUUGCUGACUUUUUACAGUGAAAACUUUGUCUACCAGUUUAUGGGGUCUGAUCCAGAAGGCUCUGCCAUUCUUUUUACACUGGAAUCUGGUCCAGAAGGUGCCAGCUUAUCACCGGCAGGGCUGUUGAUAUGGAAAGUUAUGCUGCAGAGUACACAGAAAGUUUUAUUUUUUGUAGCCGAUGAUUGCAAUGCCAAGACCAACGUAACAGUGGAGGUUAUUGUUAAGCCCUGCGGGUGCUUGAAUGGUGGAUCAUGUGUAGCCAAUAUUAACUUCCCUCCUGGAAAGGGGGAAUAUCUUUGCGUAUGCCCACCUGGCUACGAGGGUGAAUAUUGCCAAGUUGAUAUUGAUGAUUGCCAGUCGAAUCCUUGUGGUCGCGGGAUAUGUGUGGAUGAAAUAAAUAGUUACCAUUGUGAAUGUCCUCUUGGUCUAAAAGGAGUAACAUGUCAAGAAGAUGUUAAUGAGUGCUCGACCAGUCCUUGUUUUCCAGGAGUAACUUGUACUAAUACCUUUGGUUCAUAUACAUGCAGCCAGUGUCCAAAAGGCUAUGAAGGAGAUGGGAUCACAUGUGUCCAAAUAUUUUUGACCACUCAGAUGCCACCAGCUUUACUUCCUGAGGCCUUUACAGAGGAUUAUGAAGACAAUGCCAGAAGGUUUGGAGGGCAUGACAAAUAUAAUAAGGAUGUUUUUAAAACUUUAUCAGGAUCUUCAACAAAGCCUACUAACCAGCCAAUGAUCACUUUUGGUGAUUCUAUUCCAACUGUCGCUGUUAGGACAGAAAGCAUCACCGUAAAAACAACUUGGAAUGGUCCAUCAGUUCUAACAGUUAAUGCCUCCAAAAGAACUUUGUCAACAUUACUGAAUGGUCGCCGAACAACUUCAAAACAAGCUCAUACGGCCUGGCUUACAAAUCAUCUACUAAGAUCAACUCACAGAGGAAGCAACUCAAACAUAUACCCUUCUCCACCGAUUAGGACCAGCAACUCCAAACACAUAUCCACACUGACAGGAAGGACAGCAAAGGAUGCUUUAAGUAAGAAAAGCGAAGAACUCAUUGAUCAGAAUAUAGUUACCAAUUCCAAAUCACCUUUUACAGCACUUAAGGAAGAUUUUUACAACACCUUAAACAGAACAAACCACAAAGGCGAGUUGAAAAGUGCAUAUACAGUGGCUCCUGCAAGGUUAACUUGUGCUGAUUCUCCCUGUUUCCUUGGAGUUACUUGUGAACCGAGUCAAGAUGGAGGCUUUAAGUGCGGAAGAUGUCCUUAUGGCUACUAUGGAGAUGGAGUUACCUGCAAAGCAAUUUGCCGGCACCCAUGCAGACAAAAUAUGGAAUGUGCAGCACCAAAUGUUUGCAAAUGCAAGACUGGCUUUUCUGGAUAUAACUGUCAGACUGCUGUGUGUCGUCCGGAUUGCAGGAAUCGUGGGAAGUGUGUUAAACCCAAUGUCUGUGAAUGUGCUCCAGGUUAUGGUGGUACCAACUGUGAUGAAGCUUAUUGUGAUCCACCGUGUGAACAUGGAGGUGUUUGCCAGGCGAGAAAUAUCUGCACAUGUCCAUUUGGUUAUGUCGGGCCACGAUGUGAAACAAUGGUUUGUAACCGACAUUGUGAAAAUGGUGGAGAAUGCGUUUCUCCAGAUGUUUGCAAGUGCAAGCCUGGUUGGCAGGGGCCCACAUGUAACACAGCUGUCUGUCACCCAGUGUGUCUCAAUGGUGGUACUUGUAUGAAGUCCAAUACAUGCCUUUGCCCAAAUGGAUUCUUUGGUGCACAGUGCCAAAAUGCUGUUUGCAGUCCUCCUUGCAAGAAUGGUGGUCAAUGCAUACGAAAUAAUGUAUGUACCUGCCCAGAGGGCUACACCGGAAAAAUAUGCCAAAAAAGUGUUUGUGAUCCAAUGUGCAUGAAUGGAGGGAAAUGCGUGGGACCCAACAUUUGUUCUUGUCCAUCAGGAUGGAAAGGAAAACGAUGCAAUACACCAAUAUGUUUUCAGACGUGCAAGAACGGUGGUGAAUGUAUAGGUCCUGACACGUGUCAUUGCCCUCCAGAGUGGGAGGGAAGUCAAUGCCAAACACCUGUUUGCAAUUUCAAAUGUUUAUAUGGAGGGCGAUGCACAUCUCCUAAUUUAUGCUCCUGUCGUUCUGGAUACAAUGGGCUGACGUGUAGUCACAGAAUAAAGGGACUCCAUGGGUAAAAAUGAACGUAUGGACUUUUCAAUAAUUUUGCUAAACAAAUGCAUAAAGAAAAAUAACAUCAAAUUUACAAGCACGUUCUUUGAGCAUUAGGAGUACUGGAGCAAAACAAAGUCAAUAUUGGCCAAUUUUUUUUUCAGUAAAGAAAAAAGGCCAGUUCCGUAGGAUUUAUUCACACACAGGAAACUGUUCAUUUAUACGUGGAUCACCUCUUCAUUUACAUAAUACAUCCAGGUUUUGAUUUAUUUUUAAAAUCAUUUCUGUCACAUUGCUGUGUGACGAGGACUCAGGAUUUUAUUUUAUUAUUUAUAUAAUUUUCCCCUAAUUUUACCCAAGUUACAUCAUUAAUUCCAUCAGUGGCUUCUAAUUUCCCAAGAACUAUU